AAAAGCCCACCUGGGAUCCGAGCGGGCGGCCGCGCCACUCUCGCAGGCUCCAUACGCCCACCGCUGCCCGCCUGUACCACCUGCAGCGGGCAGCGACGCCUCCUUGCCGGUCCCGCAGGGCGCGCUGCAGGUGCGCGGGGCGUCCCGAAGCCCCGCCCUAGCGUCCCUGCCCCGCGCCCCGCUCCUCACGCUCGGUACCCGCGCCCCGCAGCGGCAGCGCACAACGCACCGCCUCCGCCAGAGCCAGGGAAGCGCUCGGGCGAAGAGGAGGAGCCAAGGGUACCGAGCGGGUGGAGUCGGGAGCCAGAGAGCGGUGGAGGCGGAUUUCCUGGGCCCGGCCCUCUGGAGCUACCAUGGCGUUUGGCAAGAGUCACCGGGAUCCCUACGCGACCUCCGUGGGCCACCUCAUAGAAAAGGCUACAUUUGCUGGAGUUCAGACUGAAGAUUGGGGCCAGUUCAUGCACAUCUGUGACAUAAUUAACACUACCCAGGAUGGGCCAAAAGAUGCAGUGAAAGCUUUGAAGAAAAGGAUUUCCAAAAACUACAAUCAUAAAGAAAUCCAACUUACCUUGUCACUUAUUGACAUGUGCGUGCAGAACUGUGGUCCAAGUUUCCAGUCUCUGAUUGUGAAGAAGGAAUUUGUUAAAGAGAAUUUAGUUAAGCUACUGAAUCCUAGAUACAACUUGCCAUUAGACAUUCAGAAUAGAAUCUUGAAUUUCAUUAAGGCUUGGUCACAGGGUUUCCCAGGAGGUGUGGAUGUAAGCGAAGUCAAAGAAGUAUACCUCGACCUGCUUAAGAAAGGCGUUCAGUUUCCUCCCUCAGAAGCAGAGGCUGAAACAGCAAGACAAGAGACUGCUCAAAUCUCAUCAAAUCCUCCAACAUCUGUCCCUACUGCACCAGCUCUUUCUUCUGUAAUUGCUCCAAAGAACUCGACUAUUACAUUGGUCCCAGAACAGGUAACAACAGCAAUCACUGUAUUUAUUGAUCAGAAACUCUAUAAAACAGGUCGGGAGAUGCAGGAGAGGAUCAUGGACCUGCUUGUGGUGGUGGAGAAUGAAGAUGUAACUGUUGAGCUAAUUCAGGUGAACGAGGAUUUGAAUAAUGCCAUCCUUGGAUAUGAGAGGUUUACUAGAAACCAACAAAGGAUUUUGGAGCAAAAUAACCAGAAGGAAGCCACCAGUACUACCAGUGAGCCUUCUGCCCCAUCUCAAGAUCUCCUCGACCUAAGUCCCAGUCCCCGGAUGCCUAGGGACACUUUGGGAGAACUCAACACCAUGAAUAAUCAACUUUCAGACUUAAAUUUCAGCUCUCCAAGUUCUGAUGUAGCAAACAACUUAAAACCCAGUCUUCAUCCACAGAUGGACUUGCUAGCCUUGGAGAAUACAGAAAUACCCCUGUUUUCCCAAAGGAUCAGCCAAAACCUCACCUCAAGCCACGCAUAUGAUAACUUUCUGGAACAUUCAAAUUCAGUGUUUCUACAGCCGGUUAGUCUACAAACCACUGCAGCAGCACCAUCAAACCAGAGUCUGCCACCUUUGCCCAGCAAUCAUCCAGCGAUGACAAAAAGUGAUCUCCAGCCACCUAAUUACUACGAGGUAAUGGAGUUUGAUCCCUUAGCUCCUGCUGUCACUACAGAAGCUAUUUAUGAAGAAAUUGAUGCUCACCAGCACAAAGGAACUGAAAAUCAUGGUGACUGAGAAGAAAGUGGAUGAUCAGCUCACUAGCCACAUCAAAGGUGCCAACUCUCUAAAGGGUAGACUGUGCAGCUUUGAAGCCUGGAAGACAAUACCUGCCACCAUGUCAAAGCCACGCUGGAACAUUUCUGCUAUGAUGAAGAUUAAAUAGAAGAAUAACAGUUCCAGGAUAACACUGAUUCCUGACAACAGCGUGAGAUUUCAACAGAACUUCUUGGGAACAAAUACUCACUUAAAACUUCAGCAGCAGAAAAAUUACUUAGUCCUUAGGCCAACCAAUUUAACUGCAGUGUCAUAUAUUUCACAGGCCCUCCUACAUUUAGAAAUCGUCACACAGGUGUGGUAAGAGUAGAUUAUUUUACUACAAAAUAAUUCUGAAUAGAUGAAAGCAUAAAAUGUGAGAAAUUGAAUGUAUUAUUCAGGAAGAAUACUGAGUGCCUUCAUUUAACUAAAGUUGAAUGUAAAAGUCAAUUUGCACUUCUUUAUAAUACUCUGGUUUAGAACUGUAAAUUGUUAAAACCUUGAUGAUUGUCAUUUAAUUGUAUUUCAGGUGUCCUGAACAGGUCACUGGACUCUACAUUGGGCGGCCUUGAAAUAUGAUUCUUUGUAAUGCUAAAUAGUCUUUUUUUCUCUUUUUACUGCAACUUAACAUUUCUAUUUGGAACACAGAAAAUGAAAAUAUUUAGAAUAAGUUGUACAUUUGAUGACAAAUAAAUCACUAUUAAAAUAAUUUAAUA